AUGCCUCCCCCAAAUCCUGCCAACGACGAAGCUCAUCAGCAGCUACUGAAUACCCUGGAUAUCGCCGGUGCCCCAAAGUCAUUUCGCAACCCUCACUGGAAGCCAUCCCAGCGCCGAAACAAGAAUGUGAAGCAGAUUGUCUCGGAGGCUUCUAGGAAGGAGGCAUCAGUGAUGGCAACACAGGCCAACUCGGGCGCAACCACACCAGGGACGUCUGGAGCUGCGACCGACGGAACGCGAACUCCUGCAGAAGGGGCGCCCCCGAAUCUGUCGCAAGCUACUCAGAACUUGUCUACCCUUGUCCUAGAAAAGAAUGCCCGAGCAACAAAUCCGACCGGGCCCGCCGUGACCUACACCAACAUCGAAUCCGCGCCUUCUUUCAACCCAGCCUACCAACAUCAUUACUGCGAUAUCACCGGUCUCAGCGGGCCAUACACCGAUCCCAAGACACGCCUGCGGUAUCACGACAAGGAGAUCUUCAAGGUCAUCCGAACACUGGCCCAGGGGGUUCCCGAGAACUACUUGGAGGCUCGCGGAGCGCACACGAUCUUGAAGUAA